CCACUGAAACUCUGAUGCUAAAUUACCAUUUGCAACCUUUUUUGUUCACAAGUCUUUACAGCCUCCCACCUCAGGUUAGUACUAUGGAAAAAGAAGGGAACACAUUCUGGUAGAUUUGAGGCCAACCUGGAGUUUAUCACCAGUGUUUAAUCAUCAACCCAUUGUGUUUAUUUCCUUAUUGCAGUCAAUUCCACCUGACUGCAGGGAAGACAAGCACAGAGAUAGCCCCGAUUUUGCGUCACAACAACGUGCGAGAAUAAAAACAGUCACUUCCUCAAACUGCCGUUCAGGGGAAGGACUGCACAAACAAAUAACUGGGACACAUUAGACAAUACAUGACGCUACAUCAGGAAAUCAGGGUUCUCCUCACUCCUAAAAUCUGUCGGUUUUUAACAAAACAUCUCAGCCAGAGAGGAGUGAUGGCCAUCACAGAGAUGCAGGAGACCAUAGUGCCAAACUACAACCACCUCAUGGCACACCUGCCCCCCGCAUACUUCUGCCCCCCGCCUCGUCCCAGAAUCAAGGAUUUUUUGUGCAACAUCCUGUUUGGGGACCCAAAUGUCCUAGGGAUGAUACACAUCAUGACCAGCUUGGCUACAGCUGCCCUCGGUAUCAUUGCAACCUUGAAAUUUAAGAGUAUGUGGGACUGCACGACAAAUAUGAGCCCCAGCACCUAUACAGUUACCUCUGGAAUAGCAAUUUGGGGUCCAGUAAUUCAUGUGGGCACAGGUAUCAUCUCUAUCAUGACAUACAGAGGCAUUAACGGUGAUUUGGUGACCGGUGCUGUUUAUAUGAAUAUCUUCAGCUGUCUCAUAGCAGCCACUGCUGUUGUCCUUCUCACUGUGGAGUUAAUGUGGACUAUUGAAGUCCCAUGUAAUGAAAAUCAGCUGGAUGAGGUGCACGGGAUACAAGGAGCACUAUUUUUUUUCUACAUCGUGGAGUUCAGUGUCUCUGUACUGUGUGCCAUGGUCAUCAAGCAAAGAGCCCAGAGCACUUCAGACCCUCCACUCGACCCACCUCUGUAUGUUAAUGAGCCAGUAGCCGGUCCUUAUUUGCCCAUCUCUCUGCCCACGCAAGGGAUCUACACGACGAUCAUGCCUGCAGCUCCGCCUCCAGAGUACACCCCCUGAAGUUUUGGCAUGUCAGUGAGCUCUGCUCAGGGCCUGGAAACUGGGUUUUUGGGGCAGCGCAGGCUCCACGGUCCAAACCCAGCACCUGGUGCUCUCUGGCCUGCAGCCUUCCUGAAGCCUCAGAUUUCCUUUCCCUUCCAAAAACUCCAGCUCUGCGACCACGCAGAGAACAUCUCUGUCUAAUAUUCACAUUGAAUUUGUUCUUUUAUUUUUGUACCACAGAUGAAUUGACUCAUGCUUCACAGUCUGACUGCUGUACCUCCACUUGCCCCGCUGUUAAAUCUCUCCCCUUUGUUUGUUAAGAUGAGGUGUGCAGAGCAACUGUAGUGUCAGUUAAAUACAGUACAAUGCAUAAUUCUAUCCCAUUGAUAUGCAAAUAAAUCUUAAACUUGGAUGUAAGCCAUAGACACCUGAGGAGAACAAAAUUAGAUCAUCCUCAUGAAAAUGCAGUGCAUCAAAAAUACCCUCCUUACCUCCACCUCAGCAGUUUUCAACAGCAGGUUAAUUCAUUUAUACUGGUAAUUAUUAAUAUUUACAAGAAAACCACCAUUUGCAUUGGAAUAAUCCCGUGUUCAGCAGAUGCGGUGAUUAUACGGCUCACCUUGAGAUGGUUUUGUUUCAAUGUCCACGCUAGCCUCGCUUCGGCGGGGGUCAGGGGGCUCGGCACUUUUCAGGGCGCGUCGUAUUAGGCAGGGGCGAGCCAGGCUCCAACACUGAUGGAAUUUCAGAUGGAAGUUUUAAAAGGAUGCGGACACCGGAGACACAACCGUUCCCUCAGAACUGGCCGUUCAAGGAAAAGCACAGGCAUCCUUCGCUCCGCCACUAGACGCUUUGACGUGCCCGUGCGAUAUUUUUUUUAAAAGGCGUUGAAAAGCCGUUGCUCGGUGGCCGAAUUUGCAUAUUGAUAGAUGUAUGAUUUAAAUGAUCUUGUGGUAAAUUGAUUUGUCGCCUUGUGCCAUGUGUACAAACUGGAGGUAAUAACCGGGGAAGGGAAGGCUUAUUCCCCAUCUGCAUAUUCCUGCUGAUUAUUGCUCCCACAUUCUGUUGCUCAGUCACAGUUUGAUUCGAUGCACAAUUGCUUUCUCUAGCAAUACUUUUUCAUCAGGGCAAUGGAAAAGAAUCUCAAAGCUCAAAGGCAAUAGAGGGGAUGGGAUGCAAAUAACUGUUACACAACACCUCAGUGAGCACUACUGUGUCCCAGACUGCUCUGCUUCAUGCUCUCCCCUGUACUCGGAUUUCAGUCAUUCAUGUACAGUUAUGAAUUAUGCCCACUUGCUCACUACUGAUCUGGGACCAGUAUAGAGAAAUGAAACUAUGUGGAACGUUGUUCAGUGAAGGAUGUAAUGUAGUUUUAUGUAAUGUAAUGGUCAUAUUUUUCUGUAUAAUUUGAAAAAUGGAUUUAAAAAAGGAAUAGGGUCAGUGAUGUUGUUAAUGAAAAUUGUUUUUUUUUUUUUUUGUGGAACCUCUUUAUUGGGCAAAAUUGGACACUUUCCCAGUCUCCUGUGAAAAAAAAAAAUCAACAUGCA